AUGGUCAAUCUAUUCAAGCGAAUGCGCAAACUCAAUACGCGCCUUCUCAAUGUACGCGUCGGCACAGGCGCAGCCAAUCUUCCCUCCAUCAGCUCCCCUUUAAAAGACCUACCAGCCGUCACCCGCAUACAUCUGACCUACGCAAAAUACAUACAAGGCGGACAUGCCGGAGCACGACACUUUUGGCGCAAUUGUCUCCCACGACUCAAAUACCAUAAUCCGGCUGUACAAAUGUCAGUGAAACAGACCGAUGACCAGGACGGACCGGCGGCGCUCACCAUCUUUUUCACGGGCCAACCCAACAAAAAGCAAGCUUACCACGAUGCAGACCUGGAAGAUAAACAUGCGCCUGCGCCUUCCGAGUCGGAGCAAACGGUAGUGCUCAAUAUAAAGGAGUAUAAUUUUGAAGAAAUUUGGAAUCAAGUCAAAGAUGUUACAGGUGCUAUCGACAUCGUAGCUACGGCCAAGGACAAGGAAGAUCUUGAGAACUUCCGGAAGAUGGAUAUCAAAUCUGAAGCAGACAGAGUACGCGUGGCUGCCCUGAGGCAGGCGAAGAAAGAUCAAGAGCGUAUGCUGCAAGAAGCCAGAGGAGAGGUGGAGAAACUUCGACAGCUAUAG